AUGCCUUUUGAGUAUGACAUCUGGAACUUGAGUCAGCUUAAAAACGCUAACAAAGUAAACAUCAUAGAUCCAAGUUCAAGACCAGAGGGCUACAUUUACAGUGUAUUGCUCCCAGUUUCUACAACGCCGGAUAAAAUUUGUAAAUGGCUUUAUGACAUGAAUUUCCUUUUGAUAUGUGUUAUUUUUCCGCUCCUCUGCGCUGUGAUGCUCGACGCUGUCUUCUCAGAAGAAAACUGCCGUUAUUUGGAAUUCAAGCCCACCAAAGCAUUUGACGGUCAACGCCUGAUAAAUCACGUAAUUCAAAUUGAUGUCGUCAAGGAUAAAGUAUUAUGUAAGAUACGGUGUUUCAUGGAGCCAGAUUGUGUCAGUUAUAAUCUCGAAAAGCAACCGAGUGGGGACAAUGGAGCAUAUAAAUGUGAGUUGAAUGAUGCUACUCACGAAGGAAACGAAGACGACCUUGUUGGGGAGUACGAUUACUUUUACCAUGGAUCAGAGAGUAACUGUAUCGCAAACCCUUGCAAGAACAACGCGACUUGCCAAAGCGGUUUUACCGACAAAGGUUAUCGCUGUUUGUGUUCACCUGGAUUCAAGGGUCAGAUUUGCGAUGAAGAUAUUGACGAAUGUGCCACCCAAGAUCACGGCUGCAGUAUUCAUGCUGUGUGCAGAAAUGCCGAGGGAUCCCACAACUGCACAUGUAAACCUGGAUAUUCUUGGGAUGGAAGGACUUGCCAAGAUUCCGACGAGUGCCUUACAGGAACACAUAACUGCAGCGCUGAUGCUGUAUGCAACAAUACCAAAGGGUCGCACAACUGCACAUGUAAACCUGGAUAUUCUGGUAAUGGACAGAUAUGCAAAGGUAACUUUGGCUCCGUCAUGUUUUCAAGCUGCAAAGAAGCUUAUGACGCGAAAUUACUAAGCGUAAGUAACGUCGUCACGCUUCGUAUCGACUCAAGGCCAAUUUCCGUUUUCUGUCACGUGGGGGAUGUAGGAUGUGGAGAUGGAAUAUGGACCUCUGUCAUGAAGAUUGAUGGCAACAAGCGAACUUUUCAUUAUGAUUCCAAUUUUUGGAGCAACAUGUUAGAAUAUAACCUUCCUGGAGGAGAGACUGGGUUUGACCAAAUAGAGACCAAAUUACCGACUUACUGGAACACAUCAUUCUCCAAGAUCUGUCUCGGUAUGAAGAUUGGCCAACAUCUCAGGUUCAUUGUCAUUAACAAGCGAGCAGAUUCCCUGUACUCACUGAUCGCCGACGGACAAUACCGUCCGACCAAUUUGGGUCGUGACGCAUGGAGGUCCUUGAUUGGCCCAAAUGCGUCCACGCAGAUUUACUGCAACAAAGAGGGGUUUAAUAUUUACUCAUUGGAAGCUUAUUGGAAGUCUAGGACUCCAAAAGCAAGGGUCGGCUUUGUCACCAACAAUAGAGAUAACUGCCAUGAUGUUGAUGUCAGAAUCGGGUUUGGUACAGGAGGGCCACACGAUGACACCAACACGUGCGGAAUCGUUGCAGACAAAGCCGGUCUUGAUAAUGGGUCGCAGUUCAUUAAAGUCAUGGGAUACAUCUUAAUACAGUAA